GCUCGGCGUAUCGUCAUGGUCAAACUCGCAGAGAAGGAGCUCUCACCUCGGUCCAAGACCUGCCUUUUGCUACAAACGUUCGAGUCUACCAUAUCAGCCACUGAUCCGAUUGGUCCCGGCCAUGUUUCUGAUUGGCCUGUGACGCUAUUUACUCUCAUCAGUACCGGUAAGUCAAUCUGAACUCUCGAGCUCUGUGUAGGACGGUAUAUAUGAGGUCUUGUCUCCCCGCCUUUGUGCCUCAAUCAUCAGUCCUGUGUCCCAUCUGUUCCUGGAAUUUCUUUCGCUAAACGUAUAUCCUGAAUCGAUUGUAAACUCGCACCACACCAGUCUCCAUUACACUACACUACCGCCAAGCUGGCCGAAAGACUCAAGAGCAUCUUGGGUCACGUUAAGGACAUUCUUCCCGACAUGUCUUCUUCUCUUGAUGCCGAGGAGCAGCAGUACCAGGAUGAAGUUGCCGCUAUCAAGCAAUGGUGGUCUUCACCUCGCUGGAGAUACACUAAACGCCCUUUCACCGCUGAGCAGAUUGCGAACAAGCGCGGAAACUUGAACAUCCAGCACCCUGGUAAUGUUCUUUCAAAAAAGUUGUGGGACAUUGUCGAGAAGAGAUUUGCCGAAAAAGAUGCUAGUUUCACCUAUGGUUGUCUCGACCCUGUCAUGGUUACCCAAAUGGCCAAGUACCUCGACACCGUUUAUGUGUCCGGCUGGCAAAGUUCUUCGACCGCCUCCUCGACCGACGAGCCCGGUCCCGAUCUUGCCGAUUACCCCUACACCACUGUCCCCGAUAAGGUACAACAUCUCUUCAUGGCUCAGCUUUUCCAUGACCGCAAGCAACGCCACGAGAGACUUUCCACUCCUGCUUCCGAGCGCAAGAAGCUCGCAAACACCGACUUCCUCCGUCCCAUCGUUGCCGAUGCCGACACGGGUCACGGCGGCCUCACAGCCGUCAUGAAGCUUACAAAAUUGUUCGUCGAGAAGGGCGCUGCUGGUAUCCACAUUGAGGAUCAGGCUCCCGGAACGAAGAAGUGUGGUCACAUGGCUGGCAAGGUCCUUGUACCUAUUAGCGAGCACAUCAACCGCCUCGUUGCCAUUCGUGCACAAGCAGAUAUCAUGGGUAGUGAUCUCCUCGCCGUCGCUCGUACAGACUCCGAAGCCGCAACUUUGAUCACAUCUACCAUCGACCCCCGCGACCACGCCUUCAUCGUCGGCGCAACAAAUCCCGCUCUCCAACCCCUCAGCGAGCUUAUGGGUGCCGCUGAGGCAGCAGGAAAGUCUGGUGACGAGUUGCAAGCCAUUGAAGACAAGUGGACCGAGCAAGCCCACCUCAAGCUCUUCUCCGAAGCUGUCGUCGACACCAUCAACGCUGGCGUUCACGUCAACAAGGCCGAGCUUAUCGCUCAAUUCGCCGUGCAAGCCAAGGGCAAGAGCAAUGCCGAGUCCCGCGCUAUCGCAAAGGCUCUCACCGGUGUCGAUGUUCACUUCGACUGGGAGUCCGCCCGCACACGCGAAGGCUACUACCGCUACCGCGGCGGCUGUCAAACCGCCAUCAACCGCGCCAUUGCCUACGCACCCUACUGCGACAUGAUAUGGAUGGAGUCCAAGCUCCCCGACUACAAGCAAGCCGAAGAGUUCGCCACCGGCGUCCACGCCGUCUGGCCCGAGCAAAAGCUCGCCUACAACCUUUCUCCCUCUUUCAACUGGCAGACUGCCAUGUCCACUUCCGAGCAAGAGACUUAUAUCCAGAGAUUGGCCAAGCUUGGUUACUGCUGGCAGUUUAUCACUCUUGCUGGUUUGCAUCAGACUGCUUUGAUCUCGGACUCUUUCAGCAAGGAUUAUGCUGCUCGUGGUAUGAGAGCUUAUGGCGAGACUAUUCAGAGCAAGGAGCAAGAGAAUGGCGUUGAAGUCCUCAAGCAUCAGAAAUGGUCUGGAGCCAAUUACGUCGAUGAGUUGCUCAAGAUGGUUUCGGGUGGUGUGUCGAGUACUGCUGCCAUGGGCAAGGGUGUCACAGAAGAUCAGUUCAAGGCUAUUGACCGCCCUGGCGAGAGCGGCUACAAGGCUGAGGAGAACCACUAAGGAUCAUGCAAGAGGCGAAAGUGUUUAGUCGUUGCAACAUCAUUCUACUUUUCAUCAUCGACUGUCGUUGUUUGGUACUGACACUGCGUAUCUCGCAUGUAACCCUCGGUGACUCAUACGCAAGCCUUUUGGUUUACGAGCAGCGACUAGCAGCAUCUCUUCGACAAUUAUCCAUAACCGAGUCUCUGUUUGGUGUCACGUAUGGCCAAAAUCGCUUUGAGAACCAUAUUCUAUGUGGCAAGGACAGAGUCAACCGGGUCCGUGAUCCCUCUGUCGCUUGCACAAUCUCUAGCUACCCUUCUCCAGUUUCUUACCAAAGCAUUUGGCCGCACGCGAACAC